AUGGUGACAGGUGUGCGCCAUAACGAGCAGCCUGGUGACCUAGAGGCCGGAGAGGGAGCACACGUGACAGUCUGUCAAGAGGAUUUUUCCAAGGUUUCUGUUGAUGCAUAUCCCACGGUUCCCGCGCCCCAGCCAGCCCUCACAGGUUCCCGCGCCCCAGCCGGCUCCACAGGUUCCCGCGCCCCAGCCGGCUCCACAGGUUCCCGCGCCCCAGCCGGCUCCACAGGUUCCCGCGCCCCAGCCGGCUCCACAGGUUCCCGCGCCCCAGCCGGCUCCACAGGUUCCCGUGCCCCAGCCGGCUACACAGGUUCUCGCGCCCCAGCUGGCUUUACAGGUCCCCGCACCUCAGCAGAAGCGUCCGGCCCGCUCCUGGUCCUCGGGACCGUCCCUCUGGUCAACGUCCUGCAGCUGGAGUCUCGCAUCAGGGAGGGGGUCUCUUCUAGUCCCGCUCCCCGGCGGCAGUUUAUUCAUUAUUACACACACCUGCCACCAUUAUUACGCGCACCUGUGCCUCAGGAGACUCACCCGGACUCCAUCACCUUCCUGAUUACCUCCCCUAUAUCUGUCACUCCCUUUGGUUCAUUCCCCAGGCGUUAUUGACUCUGUUUUAUGUCUGUACGCUACUCGUGUUGCAUUCCAUGUGCCGUUAU